GCUUCCGCCCCAUAGGCGGGGUGUUGUGCCCUGGAUACCGGUAGCAGCGCGGCCGCCGCCGCUGUCCCGCAGGCCGAUGGAGCAGCCCCGGCUCAUCACCGACUCCUUCCCGUUACGGCGGCGGCGGCGGCCGGGCCGAGCCCCGGGCACGCGUAAAGGCAAAGGGAAGGGCACGGGCACGGGCACGGGCACGGGCACGGGGCGUCCCCAGGUUCCAGCGGCGGAGGAGCCGCCGGGGUCCGGUCCGGAUCGGAGCGUCCUGGAGAUGCUGCGGAGCUUCGAUCUCGCUUGGGAGUAUGGCCCGUGCACUGGAAUCACCCGCCUGCAGCGCUGGGAGCGCGCACAGGAGCUGGGGCUCAGCCCCCCGGACACGGUGCGUGAUGCCCUCCUGAAGCAUCAGGAUGAUCCCAGCGUCAUCUACAACCUCUGGCACGAGUACGAGCUCUGAGCCGCUGCUGCUGCCCCCCAGCGCUGGAGGGAGCAAAGGGGGGGGCUGUGCCCGUUGCCCCCCAGGCCUGCCUGCAGCCAGGGUGCAUUAAAGGGUGUGUUGAAGGA